AUGCUGCUGCUUUCUUUGCACCGGCAGCAGCAGCAACAGCAGCAGCAGCAGCAGCAACAGCAGCAGCAACAGCAGCUGCAUCAGCUGCCCGCUUUUCUGAUGCUACUGCUGUUAGGGAGCCCUGAGCGUUUGUUUAGCGGGUCUGCUGACACUUCUCCUUCCUCUGAGGCUCCUGGGCGCUGCGCGGGCGCAGCAGCAGCAGCAGCAGCAGCAGCAGCGGCGGCAGCAGCGAAGAAGGGCGCAGCAGCAGCAGCAGCAGCAGCAGCAGCAGAAGACGUUUCCUUCAAAGGAGACAUCUGGAGCCUCGGAGUUGCUCUUCUAGAACUUGCUGCUCUCAGCCAUCCUUUCCGCCAAGGAGUUCCCUGCAACAUAAGUGAUGCUGCUGUUGCUGCUGCGCUGCAGCAGCAGCUGCGCGGUGUAUAUACACCUGAAUUCCGGGACUUUCUCUUCAGCUGCUUGAGGGUUUCUCCUGCAAAAAGAAAAACAGCAAAAGAACUGCUGCUGCACCCCUGGCUGCUCGAGCACAUGGCCACGCCCAAACAGUUCGUCAGGUGGCUGGACGCGCUUUACAAAACCGCGGAUGAGAUUUUCACAAGAGUUCUUCAGGAGGAGCAAGGAGGCCCCCUUGCUGCUGCGCGCAGCCCAGCAGCAGCAGCAGCAGCAGCAGCAGCAGCACCCGGAGGAGCAGCAGCAGCAGAAGCAGCGGCCACGGCAGCAGCAGCAGCAGCAGCAGCUCGCAGGCUCCCUGCUGUUGCUGCUCAGCGGCAGCAAACACCCCGAUUGCCUUUGGCAUCUCAUAGAGGGGCCCUUGAGGGCCCCCUAGGGGCCCCCCAAGUGCCCCCUCUUGCUGCUGUUCCUGUAGGGUGCAGCAGCAGCAGCAGCAGCAGCAGCAGCAGCAGCAACUUCGACGCGUUCCCCCUCACUGCAAGGCAGCCCUUAGCAACAGCUCGAGCAGCAACAGCAGCAGCAGCACCCUGCUGCUCUGUCUUGCACAGCGGCCACUCCCUAACGCCUCCUGCGGGCUGCUGCCCCCUGCAGCAGCAGCAGCAGCAGCAGCAGCAGCAGCAGCAGCAGCAGCUAGAAGACCCUGCGCUGCUAAGUGGCUGGGAGCUCACAGGUCCCCAAGCGGCUCUGUGUACUCCUUUGGGGAGUAGACUUCCCCUGCAUUCUUACUGGGGGCCCCCAGGGGCCCCUUUGGGGGGCCCCCCGGGGGCCCCUUUGGGGGGCCCCCCGGGGGCCCCCCUGGGGGGCCCCCCGGGGGGCCCCCUGGGGGGCCCCCCAGGGGGGCCCCCAGCGCGGCAGACGGGCGGGUGCCCUUGCUGUGGGGCCCCAGCUAGGGCCCCCUGCUUAGUUGAGGACUCGGGGGCCCCUGAGAGGCAGCUGCUGCUGCAGCAGCACUCCUGCUGCUCUUCGAACCAGUUGGCUGCAGCAGCAGCAGCAGCGCAGACAGCAGCAGCCGAAGCAGCGGCAACUGCUGCUGCUGCUGCUGCUGUGGCUACUGGGUGGAGCCCAGUGCGUGCAGGGGAGCGAUGCCCAGCAGCAGCAGCAGGAGCAACGGCAGCAGCAGCAGCAGCAGCAGCAGCAGGCAGCAGGGGCCCCCUGCUUCCCCUCUGCAGCGUCGAGGGGCCCCGUGGGGGCCCCUACUUGCAGGGGCCCCUCAGCAGCAGAGCCAACCCGGCUUUCCUGGGGAGGGUUAAUGACCGCAGCAGCAGCGCGCUGCAGUUCCAGCAGCAGCAGCAGCAGCAGCAGCAGCAGCAGCAGCAGUUCUGUGGCUUGCAGCGCCAGCGCUCAGAGCCCCUUCACUGCAAAUGCUGGGGGCCCCUGGCCUCUCCCAGAGGGGCCCCCCGCGCCUUUGGGGGCCCCCCAGAAGCAGAGUGUGGGGCCCCCUCAGGGCCUGCUGCUGCUGCUGCAUGCAUGCAGCAGCUGCUGUGCGAGCUGCCCCCUCUAGGGUCACCUGGGGGCCCCCUUCACCUGCUGGGGGGCCCCCGCCCUUGCAGCUGCUGCAGCAGCCGCUGCAGCAGCAAGAGGUGCAGCAGCCCCCUGAGUGCUUCUUCCCCGCCCCAGCCCCUGCAGCCCCAGCCCCAGCAGCAGCAGCAGCAGCAGCAGCAGCAGCAGCAGCAGCAGCAGCAGGGGCUCCAGAUGACUAGCCCUUGCCUCAUUGGGCACCAGCACACCCCACAGUGGGCCUCAGCGCCCCUCUCAACUCCUUUUUGA